UGUGUGUGUGUAUGUAUGGAGGAGGAGGCACCAAGCACCUCCUCCUCCAUACAUACAGACACACACACACACACACUCCUUCUGUCUUUCUCUCCUUCUCAGUGCUGCUCACUCACAGGGCAGCAGCAGACAGACGCUCAGCUGCACAGAGAGCACAGAAAGCUUCUCAUUUUCCUGCUACACUCUUUGUCCUUUGCAUGUGUGUGUGUGUGUUUGUGUGUGUGGUUUUAAGUUGAAGUGACUCUUGAAUAACUGUCUUUGACUUGCUGUGAAAGGGAAGUUUCUCCUCUAAUCAGUGCAGCCACACUUUACUGAUUCAGGAUGAGCGCAAACGCCCUCGCCACCCUGCAGUCCAGGAUGCAGAAGGCACAGGAGAUCAGUGACGAGGAGAAAUUGUACAGAUACAACGGGGUGCUGUACCCCACCAUCAUGUGCCCCGAGGAACAUUUAAAGGCUCUGGAGAACGUGAAGGCCAGAGAGGAUGACAUCAUGCUGGUGGCAUAUCCCAAAUGUGGUUUUAACUGGAUGGUGGGGGUGAUGAGGAAGAUCAUUGCAGAAGCCACAGGGGUGAAAACUGAAUCCAGGAUGCCGCCGCUGAUCGAGUUUUUUGGACCAGAUGUCAUAAAGGUCAUGGAUCAGAAUCCCUCUCCGAGGUUCCUGGGGACUCACAUGCACCCCGACAACAUCCCUGCUUCCUUCUAUACAAAGAAAACCAAGAUGCUGGUGGUCUUCAGGAAUCCUAAAGACACUCUGGUUUCCUUCUAUCAUUUCUGCAACAACAACCCGGUCCUCCCAUCUGGACAGUCCUGGGAAACCUUCUACUCAAACUUCCUGAGUGGAGAUGUUCCCUGGGGGUCAUACUUUGACCACGCUUUGGCCUGGGAGAAGAGGCUGGAUGACCCCAAUGUCAUGAUAGUCACCUAUGAAGAGCUAAAACAGGACCUCAGCGAAAGCAUCCGUCAGAUCUCCAGGUUUUUUGGUUUCAGCUUGACGGAGGCUCAGGUCCAGCAGAUCGCAAAGGAAAGCACCUUCACAGCCAUGAAGGAGAGCUCCGCCAACUCCCAUGGCAAUAUGGGAAACGUCAUCUUCAGAAAAGGUGAGGUCGGGGACUGGAAGAACCAUUUUACACCUGAACAGAGCGAGGAAAUGGAUGAGGUCUUCAACAAACACCUGGCAGGAACCAGGCUGGGAGCCAAACUCAACUACCAACUGUACUGUCAGGAGGCAAAGAAGUAAGGGAAGAAGAAGGAAUAAAAUUAAGGAAAAGGGGGAGGGAGCGUAUGUAGAAAAGAGGAGUGUGGGGGACUUUUCAGCCCCUCAGUCAAGCAUUUGACAGGUCCAUCAUAAUUUUGGACUAUAAUCCCAACCAUGGCAUGAACCCUUAACCACAUUAACCCAAACUGGUAGAAGAGGUUGUUGGAGGCGGCACAGAAACUGACAGGAAACACUGCCUGCAAGACCUAGUUCAGGGCAAAAAGUCCCAAUGUGAAAGGUUCAAGGAAAAAUGGAAGAAAAGGGGAACAAGAAGGGAAAAAGUACAUCAUGGUUUCUAGUCUUUUUAACUCCAGUCAGUGAUCUUUUGUUGUUGUAUAAGCUCUGGAAUAGAAACUACUAAAGGACUAGUUUGACAUUUUGGGAGGUCAAUGCCAAUCUCCUGUUAAUUACAGUUCCCAGCCAAGCAAUAGUCAGGUACACAGCCAACCAUAAAACAGCAAAUGAUCGUUUUUAUACUUGGUUUCUGUAAGGAUGAAACAAAUAAUUAUUGAAUGUUAAUGGUGCUGGUAGAUGGAUUUUGUUACUGCUGGGCACAGCCUGGCUAGCUGCUUCCCCUUGUUUUCAGUCUUCUUGCUGGCUGUAGCUUCAUACUAACAGUAGCGAAUAAGUGUAUUUCCCAAAAUGUCAAACUAUUCCUCCUAAUACUCCACAAGCAGCUGAAUUUGGGUUCACCUUAAGUCUGACUGUGUGGCCAGGCUUCAAAACCUGACAAACACACUGUUCAUCCACACAGACGACAAAGCAAGAAAUCGCUCUAAUGUUUUUGUUUUGUUGUGUUUCAUUUUUUCUUCUCAGAAAUUUCACCUGAAUGUUUAAUAAUGAAUUUGUAUGAGUCAAUAAUGAGAGAAUAGAGAUUUCUGAACCAACUUUUGUCAGUUGAUGGAGACAGAAAAUGGUAAUAGGCUGAAACACCUCAAAAAAGGGAAAACAAAAAAAGGUUCAACAAUUAUAUAGAAUUAAACACUUUAUAAAUACUACUUUGGAAACCUCAUAUAUCAUUCAACCAAGUUGGUUCGUGUUUGCUUUAAGCAGAUGCAGUUUUGUAUUCAGCUAAACCAGAGUUAAUCUGAUUUAUUUACCUCCUGGCUUUGAGUUUUUGUCAAAAUAGCCCAAUGAGUGCAGCAUCAAUUCACAGCUAUAGUCUCAGAUGUCUUUCACUGACCUGAUUAAAACACAUAACGGCUAAAUCCUUCUUAUACUGGCAGCUACCUGAACUCACUCUGGAAACACUCACAGAAUCACUCUGACUGUGAAACCAUGGCAGGAACAAUACUGUGAUGAGAUUACAGGCUAUUGUAAACAUGCACAUUCACUGUUUGUACUGUACUGUACAUCACAACACAUGAUCAUAAUGAAAAAUAAAAACUCUUUUCCAGAUCACG